GGCACAGAGUUGGUCGUGCAAGCCCUGUGGAGAAGUUAUUGGGGGGAAAACGUGCGCGCUAUUCUUUAAACGUCAAUUUCUUGUUUUCACUCGGACGAAUAAACAGGGCAGCUGCAAUGUGGAUUCAAGUGCGCACAAUGGAUGGGAAGGAAACCCACCGGGUGGAUUCCCUGUCCAAACUCACCAAGGUGGAUGAGCUACGUCUCAAAAUUAUGGAGCUCUUCAAGGUGGAGCCUGAGAGGCAGAGGCUGUUUUACCGUGGCAAGCAGAUGGAGGACGGACACACCAUAUUCGACUAUAAUGUGGGUCUUAACGACAUAGUGCAGCUGCUUGUCAGGCAGAAGUUGCCCGUUAAUGAUGUUGCCAAAAGCAAGGACAAAGAAGCUGAACUCUCCGACUCUGAUUCUGGCUGUGGCUCAACCCAGAGCGAGUCUGACAAGAGCUCAACUCAUGGCGAGGUCGAGGGUCAGCCCGCUGGCACCUCCGCCCAAAUAAACACCCAAGAGCUCAUUGACCCGGGGUUUGGAUUUUUUAAGAUCAAUGAGUUGGUGGAUGCAAGAGACUUGAACAUGGGGGCGUGGUUUGAGGGCCAGAUCGUGAACGUUACGAAGACGGAAAAGACUCCUAAAGAGGAGACAGCUGAGGCAGAGCCAGCAGAGGAGGAGAUACUGUACCAUGUGAAAUAUGAAGAUUACCCAGAGAAUGGAGUGAUUCAGCUGCUGGUCAAGGAUGUACGUCCGAGGGCCCGUACUGUGUACCAGUGGCACCAGCUGGAGCCUGGUAUGGUCGUCAUGGUAAACUACAACCCAGAUGACCCCAAGGAGCGUGGCUAUUGGUAUGAUGCUGAGAUCCAGAGGAAAAGAGAGAGUCGCACCCAGCGUGAGAUUCACGCGAAGAUUAUCCUCGGAGAUGCGGGUGACUCUCUUAAUGACUGCCGGAUCAUGUUCCUGACCGAAAUCUACAAAAUUGAGGAGCCCGGUUCUCUAAGUGACACACCAGCUGGAACUGAGAGUCCACUUAAAAGAUCAAAUGGACCUGAGUGCAAGCACUGCAAGGACAAUCCCAAUAAAAACUGUCGCUGGUGUAACUGCAACAUCUGCGGCAUCAAGCAGGAUCCUGAUAAACAGCUGCUGUGCGACGAAUGUGACAUGGCCUACCAUACAUACUGCCUGAACCCCCCACUCACCUCCAUCCCUGAGGAUGAGGACUGGUAUUGCCCAGGUUGCCGUAAUGAUGCCAGUGAGGUUGUGCUGGCUGGAGAGAAGCUGAAAGAGAGCAAGAAGAAAGCCAAGAUGGCUUCUGCCAGCUCGUCCAGCCAGAGGGACUGGGGCAAGGGAAUGGCCUGUGUUGGUCGAACCAAGCAGUGCACCAUCGUCCCGUCCAACCACUAUGGCCCAAUACCUGGCAUCCCUGUUGGCUCCAUGUGGAAGUUCAGAGUACAGGUCAGUGAGUCUGGUGUACACAGGCCACAUGUAGCUGGGAUUCAUGGCAGGAGCAAUGAUGGUGCCUUCUCUCUGGUCUUGGCAGGAGGCUAUGAGGAUGAUGUGGAUGAUGGAAAUGAGUUUACUUAUACCGGCUCUGGAGGGCGAGACCUGUCUGGAAAUAAGAGGACUGCUGAACAAUCCUGUGACCAGACACUGACCCACAUGAACCGGGCGCUGGCUCUCAACUGCAAUGUCCCUGUCAAUGACAAAAAUGGAGCAGAGUCCAAAAACUGGAAGGAAGGCAAACCAGUUAGGGUUGUACGCAACUGUAAAGGUCGCAAGCACAGUAAAUACUGCCCUGAAGAAGGAAACAGAUAUGAUGGGAUAUAUAAGGUGGUGAAGUACUGGCCAGCCAAAGGUAAAUCUGGCUUCUUGGUUUGGCGGUAUCUGCUGAAGCGUGAUGACGAUGAGCCGGCACCAUGGACUAGAGAUGGCAAGGAGCGCAUCAAGAAGCUUGGCCUCGUUAUGCAGUAUCCUGCGGGAUAUCAGAAAGAGAAAGAGAACAAAAAUGAAGUGGAGGAGGCAGCGACACCCAACAAAGCAAAGAGGAAGAGAAAAUCUCAGGGCAGCGAAUCCACCAAGACCCCACCAGCCAAGACUCCCAAGAAAGUCAAAGUCGAGGUGUACAAGCUCACCCAGGAGCAGAAAGGACUCAUCAGGGGUGAUAAGCCAAACAAGAAGCUGUGGGACGAAGCCAUGGAGUCACUGUCUCUUGGACCGAAAUUCUUGAACAAAGUUGAAGAAGUUUUUCUCUGCAUUUGCUGCCAAGAAGUGGUCUAUCAGCCCAUCACCACAGAGUGCCAACACAAUGUCUGCAGGGAAUGCCUUCAGCGGUCCUUCAAAGCAGAAGUCUACUCCUGCCCGGCCUGCAGAUAUGACCUGGGCAAAAACUACUCGAUGACCAUCAACAAAUCCCUGCAGGACAUUCUAAAUCAGUUUUUCCCAGGGUACAGCAAUGGGCGAUGAUCAUUGGUUCUGCCUACUCUGGAGGAAACGCGAUGUAAACUGUAAGGGGGAAUUUUCAAUAGAGGCAAUAAAGAAUCAGUUUCUCUUAAUAUAUUUUUUAUGAUUAUAAAACUACAAUUUUUGUGAACUUCAGUGCUACCAUUUUUCACUUUGGAUCUGCCAUGAUGUGUAGUUAAUGAUAAAUUGAAAAUUCCUUCAUAACUGCCUGUACCAUUACUCCGUUUAAUACCUUCAACCGUGAUUUUACUCCCAUCGUUUUGUUCCAUUAACUAAUGCUAAUAUUAUCCAUGACAUAAAAUUUGUUACCUAACUAAAAUCCCUCCAGUUAAAGGCUAGCACUCCUUCACAGUUCAGUUUGUUGAGGAGGUGAUCAUUUUGUACAAAGCUAUAAUUAGCACAUGGGUCUUAUAUGAUCUACUGUUAGCUUGGAUGUGGUUGAUCAUCAUUUUGGUGCAGUUUAAAAACAAAAAAAGAAGAAAUCUAAUGGUGAAGUCAGGAUUUUCAAUAGUCAGCAUUCACAGCUGAACUGGAUUCUCCGUUACGCAUCUCCUCUAGCUGUUACCAGUCUGUACUCCCUUUUUUUUUGUUUUUUUUGUUUACUUAAAUGUCCCUCUUGAUUUGUCUGUGUUAAUACAACUUGAUUUGCUGCUCAGAAAUCAAUUGACAAACUAUCAAGAAAAUGUGGUUCUGAUGGACUAAUGUGAGUUUGUCCAGGCAUGAUCAGAUGAUUGAAACUGCACCAACAUGAAAAGCAAACAAAGCUUUUUAUUUUAUUUUUUAAGAAAUGAGGCCUUUUGAAUCUAAAGCUGCUCUAUAAAAUGUAAAUGUGACCAAACAUACAAACACAACCAAACCAGUUCCGUAAAGUUUUGUUUUUCUCCACUUCGGUCUGCGAGGAAGUGUCUAGUCUGAGAACAGUGUCAUCAAAUUUGAGGUGAAUUUUCUAACGUGUAUUGGUUAAGAUUUUUUUUCACAUAGCAAUCUUAUAUUUGUGUAUGAAGUUUCAUUCAAGUUUAAAAGUUCCUAUGAAUUUUGUAGUCUUGAAAGCCAAACAUGCCAGAUUUUUAAGACCAUUUUAUUCUGUGGCGUAAAUUUGGAUUUCCCGUUUUGAAAAAGUUAACUUUGAUAGUCCAAAGAGAGAAAAUUGCUUAACCAAGAGUGUAAUGUAGAACUCCCCUCUAUCUAGCUCUUUAGAAGACGUCCCUGACACGCAAACCUAUAGGAGUCUAGAAACUUAUUUGUAUUUUUCGCUAAAAAUAAAAUGUACUUCCAUCUUUUUUUUUCUUUCUUUUUUUUUUUUGUUAAUCUAUUACGGCCAUCUGGGGGGUUGUCCAGUCAGAUUUGUCUCCUGUGGUCACUUGUAAUACCCGACCUUCAUUUUAAAACCAGCUAAUGAUUGCAUUAAUGAAGUGUUGAAAUGUUUAGGAAUUUUAUCACACUGCUCUUGGAAUUGGAUAUUGAAUCAACUAAAUUAUCAGAAUUAGUUCAUUUUGAUUUAGCUUUUAAUUUCAUUUUAUGAAAUUUUCUGUUAAAUUUCAACAGCAGUGUGUGAUGAUGUCUUCCACAUGACAGCACUUUGAGUUUGAUCAAGAGACAAAGAUUUGCAUAGACUGGGAAAUGUAUAUUUUCUGAAAUUGUAUAAUUUUAGUCCGUUUUAGUUUUGAUACGUAGUUUUAGAAUUGCUUGCACAUGUUUAGUGCAAAAAUGUGUUAAUACAUUUUUCAGUGUUAUUCAAUAAAAGA